AUGAACAAAUUAAGAUAUACAAGUGAGUGUAGAAAUACUCUUAAAUUGGGGAAUAGGGCUACUUAUAUUGAUCAACCAUAUCCUGAUAAAGCUAAGACAAUAUAUUCAAAAGAAAGAGAUUAUUAUUCACAAGUUAAAUGGAAAAAUUCUUGCGCUUCAUUAUCAAAAGUUAAAGAACAAAAAAUUUGUUAUAAAAAAAUAUACUGUUAUAUAGAUAAUAAAAUUCAAUAUGGUGUGUGUAAAAAUCAUAAACCCAAUGGAUAUGUGUUAUUAACUAAUGUAUCUAUACCAUAUAAUUUAAAAGGGACACAUAAUAAUAUGAACAAGACAAUCCAAAUAAAUAAUAGAACAACCAAUUAUUGUAAUAAAAAUGAAAAUAUAUUUAUAUGUAAUAUAUGUUUUUAUAUAAAUGAAAUGAAUGAACAAAUGAAAAAAAAAAAAAAACAAACUACAGUUUAUAAUCUUGAAUUUAAUAAUUUAUCAGAUUAUCAAAAUGAUGAAGAACCCACUAAUAUUACCAAAACAAACAAAACUACCUACAUACACAUGCUCAAUAAUAAUUCUCAUCAACCUCCCAAAGAUAAUAAAAUCAAUGAAGAAAAAUAUUCAGAACAACCCCCUUCCCUUAAAAAAAAUUUAUUUCGAUUUUUUAAUUCUAUAUUUAGUAUGAAUUAA